AUGAGUAUUCGAAAUAGCAUAUUGAAGGGUUGUCAACCUUCAACAUUUGAAUCAUUCUAUCAUUAUUACUUUAAUAGUUUCAUUAUUAUUAUUAAAACUACUACUAUUAUUAUUAUGGACACUGAUAAUACAUCUAUCAACGAACAACAAGACAUUGCAAUCGUCGGUAUCGGUUGCAGACUACCAGGUGGAUCAAGAACACCACAACAAUUCUAUGACCAAUUGCUCGGUGGUUUGGAUGGUAUCUCAGAGAUGACUAAUGAUAGGUGGUCAAGAUCAUACAUAGAUCAAGGUUACAUUGCUACUGAUCGUGCUGGCUUCUUGGACAUGAAAGAGUGGACUCACUUUGACAACCAUUUCUUUGGUAUGCUUGGUAAAGAAGCCGCUUCAAUCGAUCCUCAAGUACGUCUCUAUCUUUCUGUGCUGUGGGAAGCUUUGGAAGAUUCACAUAUCGAUCCUGCAUCUAUAAGAGGUUCAAAUACAUCUGUAUUUCUCGGUCAAAUGUUUGAUGCCAAUCACCAUAUGCUUGCCCAAGAUCUCGCUACAAUGAUUCCUCAAGUCAAGUCAAUGAGAUCAGACUCAUCAAUCAAAGCAUCGUAUUGUUAUGACUUCCGUGGUCAAUCACUUUCAAUUGACACUGCAUGUUCAUCGUCACUCAUUGCAGUACUUCAAGGUAUUGAUACUAUUCUUAAAGGUGAAAGUGAUUUAUCAAUAUGUGGUGGAGUCAAUGCUUUCAUUGAACCAAAGUCAUCCAUCCAAUUCACUGGAAUGAAUAUGAUUGGAAAGGCAGGAAAGUGUGCAACAUUUGAUGAAUCAGCCGACGGCUAUGUUCGUGGUGAAGGUGUUGGUGUCGUUGUUCUCAAGAGACUGUCAAAAGCAAUAGAGGACAAUGAUAAUAUUUAUUGUGUAAUUAAAGGUGGUAGCAGUAACGUGGAUGGUAACUGGGAAAAGAGUUCACCAACUGCUCCUUCCUCGGCCGCUCAACAUCUAAACACCCUCAACGCACUAAACAAAGUAUGUCUAUCACCAUCAGAUAUUUACUAUGUUGAAUGCCAUGGUACUGGAACACCAACAGGAGACCCACUGGAGAUUGAAUCGAUAUCUCGGGUAUUUGCAGGAUCACACAGUCAAUCGAAUCCACUUCGAAUUGGAUCGGUUAAAAGUAACAUUGGACACACUGAAAGUACAGCAGGUGUUGCAUCACUCAUCAAAUGUGCAAUGAUGCUCAAGAAUAGAAUGUUGAUCAAGAAUAUCAAUUUCAACAAACUCAACCCAAAGAUCAACCUAUUAAAUGGAGAAAUCAAGAUUGUAUUGGAGAAUGAAGCAUUCCCAGAUGAUGGAAGAAUCAUUCGAAUGGGUAUUAACUCAUUUGGACUGACUGGUUCAAAUGCUCAUAUCAUACUUCAAGAGUAUAAAACUGACAUUAUUGAUGAUCUGUAUAUUAAUGGUACCCAACCACCAGGGCCAGGAUAUUUAAUUCCAUUCUCAUCAAACAGUCAAAAAUCCAUUGAUUCAUAUAUCAAUAUGAUCAAGAGUAAUGUUGAAUCGUAUCGCAACAAGAUGACGUUUGAAGAUUUCGUUAGAUAUCAAUCACAAUCCAAAACCAACCAUCCAACUUGUAAAAAGGUUAUCAUUGCCAAAGAUUGGGAAUCAUUCUCAUCUGAACCAACAUUGACCUUUGAUAAACAGCAAAGCUAUGUUUCAAGUAUGGCACAAUUGAACAGUACACCAAAGACAUCGAUUGUGAUGGUAUUCUGUGGACAAGGAGCACAAUGGAGUGGAAUGGGUGAUAGAUUGUAUCAACAAUGUCCAAUAUUCCGUAAAUCAGUUGACACUGUCGAUAGAUUACUAUCUCAUCACUAUCAAUAUUCAAUCAUUGAUCGAUUAAGAAAGAGUAAUGAUAAAGAGAUACACCACCCAAUACUUGCACAACCAGCAACAUUUAUCAUUCAAGUUGCAUUGGUUCAAUUAUAUCAUCAUUUUGGAAUCACUCCAUCAAUCGUUGUUGGUCAUAGUUUUGGAGAUAUAACAGCAGCAUGGUGUUCAGGAAUAUUAUCAUUGGAAGAAGCUGUUAGAAUUGUAUAUUUGAGAAGUGUUGCUCAAAAUGAAACUAUUGGAAGUGGUAGAAUGUUGGCUGUAUCAUUAUCAUAUGAUAAAUUCAAAGAGAGAUUCCAACAAUAUGAUACAAUCGAGUUGGCAUGUUACAACUCAGCUGAAUCAAUUGUAUUGGCUGGAAAUGAAGAUCAACUCAAAUUAAUCGACCAACAACUCAAGAAUGAUAAUAUAUUCAGUGCAUUCCUUGGUACACCAUGUGCAUUCCAUUCAUCAUCACAAAUUGAAACAAAGGAAUUCAUAUUCAAAAACCUUAACAACAUUGAAUACCAAACAUACAAACCAACGAUGCCAUACUUUUCAACAACAACCUCACAACAAAUCAUUAUAUCAUCACAGUUGGAUGCUCAAUACAUUUAUGAUAAUCUCAGACAACCAGUAUUAUUCCAACAAACAAUCAAUAAUAUAGUUGAUUUCACAAAGAAUGAUGGCAAUCAAUAUAUUUAUUUAGAGAUUGCACCACAUUCAACACUAUCAUUCUAUUUGAAAUCAUUACUGCCACAAGGAAGCAAUAUUCAAUCACCACUCAACAAAAAGAAAGAUGAAAUUGAAUCAAUUCAAUCAUGUCUCUCUCAACUCUACUUUGGUGGUGUUGGUGUUGAUUUUUCAAAUCAAUUACCUUUGGAAAACAACAGUGAAUGGAAGAAUAGAACAAGAUAUCUCCCAAGAUAUCAAUGGGAUACUGAGUAUUUGUUGGAAGAGCAGGAAGCAUACAGAAAGAUUAGACUUGGUGGAGUUACAACGACUCUACUUGGUCAUUGUGACAGUGAAUCACUCAAUAGCUAUCAAACAUCGAUUGAUGUCAACCGACCAUCAUAUCAAUAUUUAAAAGGUCACAAAGUAAAAGGGAAAUAUUUAUUCCCAGGAGCUGGAUACAUUGAAAACAUAAUCAAUGCAUUCCCAAACAAAGACAUACACAUCCACCACCUCCAAUUUAUUGCACCAUUCUUCCUCAAAGAAGGAGCUCCAUGUCAACUCAAAUCAACAUUUUCACAAUCAUCAUCGAUUGAAUACCAAGCAACAUUCCAAUACUAUGAUGAUAAACUUGGAAAGUGGAUUAAAUCUGCUGUUGGUCGUCUAUCAAUCAACAAGUCCAAUUAA